AUGGCUCUUCUGGAAAAGGCUACCGAUUUCCGAAGGAGUGCGACAAGGACCAUGUCGGAGAAAUGGUCGACCUUCUCGAUGCCCGGAGCCUUCAGGAGAGCCAGGGAAGCGAUGACCGGUCCUGCCAAGAUGCCUCAUGAUCCUCUGGAGGACCAGCGUGCCGAGCUCGUGGAGCUGGAUGCCUUGAUCUCCAUCCUGGGCACUUGCGCCAGCACCCUGUCCACCUCUGUCGAUAUGCUUGCUGCUGCGCCGAAGCCGUUGUUUGACCCGCUCAGCCGGUUCUACAGUCAAGGAAUGCCUGGCAGUGCGGCCAUUCAGAGACUUUGUGCUCAAAUGGACUCUUUCGCAAGUCAUGUCCAGGAGCACGAUGCGGAGAUCGAGGCAUUGCAGACGAAGCUUCGGGGUCUGUCGGAGCGAAACAAGACUGUUCAUCAGUCAUUCUCAUCCCGGGAUGCUGCUUGGACAAGUCAGGACCACUACACCAAAAAGUUGGAGAAGAUUCGUGAUCAGAUUGCCAAAAGUGGAACCUCGUCUGCGCUCGUGGACAAGCUCAACCGGAACGAGGAGAAGAAGCGGACCAGCCAGCAGGAGUUUGCAACACGCACCAGCGAGACAGGACGACAGGUGAACGAAGCUCUGUCGAACAGGUGGCAAGAGAUUGGACAGGUUGUUGCGGAGCUUUGCCAAUACUACACAGUUGUUUUUCAGGCAGCAGGGACUUUGCGACACGAGCUACAACAGGUGUGUGAAGAACUGACGAAGCCCUCGACCACGCAAGCCCUCGCUCGGAUGGGUCGGGAGAUCGCCUCACAAGCACAGGAGACGGCAAACACCUUCGUGGACUCACUCCGGGCCAGGUGUAGCAAGUGGAACGAGGGCGAGGGUGGUGCUGGCCCACUAGCAUUGACCCACCAGUACAGAUCAUCAAGGUCGAGCCUGUCCAGCUCCCAGGAGGCCCUCAGCUAUGACGGUGGCGAGAUCAUAGAGGGGCGACCGGUCGCAUACGGCUACUCGAACGGUUCGAGCUGGCAAGCCACUUCCUCCCAAGGGUGGCCUGUCCCAGCGUCGACUUGGCCAAACGAAGAGGGCAUGGGAGCUCAGCAAGGUCAUAUGCCUCGUUCCCCAUGGGACACGAAGGACCGCGGUGACCGCAGAGCCGACGUGAAAAGCCCUUGGGGUUGA